AUGUUCCUCCGGAGGAGCAUCGGUGUCAAAGAAGUAAACGAAGUGGACGCGAAACUCCAAGGAGAACUCACACCACAGGAAAUACGGGAUUUGAGAUUUGUUUUUGACACAUUCGACAACGAACAUCGCGGGUCUAUUGAUUUCGAUGAUCUAAGGAGGGCAAUGCGAGUAAUUGGAUUCAAAAUCAACCAGGAUGAUUUAAAUGAGGUUUCAGGUGAGGUUUCAGGUCUAGACAGACCUCAGAUUAAUUUAGAAUUUGAGCAGUUUCUUGAGUUGGUUAUCUACAAGCAGGGAGACGCUCGAGAUAUAUACGGGGAUUUAGAGCAGGGAUUCAGCAUGAUGGACCUAGGAGAGAAAGGUCAUUUGAACUUUGACGACAUCAAGAAAGCUUCGGUGACGGCAGGACUAAGGUUUCGAGACAGCGAGAUUCGAGACAUGAUGGACGAAGCGGACACCAACGGAGAUGAUCUCAUUACAAAGGACGAGUUCUUCCAAAUUAUGCUCCAAACUAACUUAUUUUAGGCGGGAGAUUUGUCGUCCGUCGAAUUCUAAACAAGGACUAGCCUACCUCAAGUCUGCGCUAAACGUCGCUCUUUUGUCGUUUAACGCAGACUAAGCCCAUUUACACAGGUUAGCUGUGUGUACUUUUACAAAGAAUAGUCAACACCAACUCCAAUCAUAUUGCCUUAUUGAGACAGCUGCAAGCUAUCAUCAGCAUUAUUUCGAAACUGCGAAUAUUGGCUCUGGCUAACGCUCACCAGGCUCCAGCGCCUAUACCGGUAUUUUCGAAACACAUCAUCCACUGACGAGUUAUCUGCACACGGGUCUCUGAACAGAUGAUAGUUUGUUAACACUACAUAAUGAGCUUUGAAACUAUAUACAUGUAGUUUGAAAGCCGCUUUUCAUUUAUUGCGACCUCUGGCGUUACAUCAAACGAGUUGUGUUGUAUCGGUUAAAACUAACGCCUGGGUGGGCAGACUAUACAACGAUUCGUAAAUCGGUUUUACCCAUAAGAAAAUUAGUCAUUACGGCGUUGCAUGCACUGUAAAAGCCAAAUAUAAGCUCCAUGUUCUAUUAAAAACCUUGAAAUAGUUGAAAAUACAUGCAACGGAGUUUACAACGAGACUUUCCAUGCAUAAUCAGGUUACAAUAAAUAUACACCAUGUACACGUUUUAGAUACAAAAUUUGGUCAUAGAGGGCGUUUAAAAAAAA